CUUGGUUGUUGUUGCCACGUUGCAUACACACACCUCCGCCGCCAGGUCAAGUCCGCCGCCAUUAUGUUCAAUCGGCUGCGCCAAUAUGACGUGUACACGAAGGGCGUGGACGGGAUCCAAGAGAAGACGAUGGGUGGAGCCAUCAUCACCGUGAUUAGUGUGGCCAUCGUCAUCCUGCUCUUCCUCUCGGAGCUGGGCUUGUACACAACAACAGAAGUCGUGAACCGCAUGCACGUCGACACGGUCCCGCAAGAUGCUGUCAUGCGCAUUGAAGUGGACAUUACAUUUCUGCAUGAGAAGUGCGCAGAUGUGGCAAUGGAUGCGAGCGAUAUCAAGGGGAACAAGGACCUGUUGUCGGACAGCAACAUCGCGGCAGUGCCCGUUGUCUCGGACGAAUCGGAAGGCUGCCGCUUGACGGGAACCGUGGACGUGCACAAAGUUGCGGGGGUCGUGAGCUUUGCACACGCAGGGUCGUUGAACAUGUUCAGCUUCUCAGACUUCUUGGAAUUCAAUUCGUCCCAUGUCGUGCAUCGUCUGUCGUUCGGUCCUGAGAUUCCAAACAUGGUCAAUCCACUCGAAAACGUGCACAAGACGGUCGAGAAGAACGGUCGGUACCUUCCAUCGUAUCUAUCCUUCAUCAUUCGUCACCUUGUGAUCGUAGUCGCGCUUUACAAGUACGGCCUGUCGAUUGUGCCGACGCAACACACUCCUUUGUAUGGCCCACCUGUUCAAACGUAUCAGUACUCCGUUACUGAAUACACGUCCGAGCCAAGCGAGGAAGGUGCGCUGUCAUUUCCGGGUGUGUCGUUCAUGUACGAGUUUUCUCCGAUCAAGGUCGAGUACGUCGAAAGCAAGCCAUCGUUCCUUCAAUUCGUCACCAGUACCAGCGCCAUCGUCGGGGGUGUCUUCGCCGUGGCCAGAAUAGUCGACAGUCUCAUCUACAGCGUCUCGUCGCGCAAGAUGGAUUAGACCACGUACCCCCGCCUACCAAGCAAAUGUCCAAAUCAAUUGAAAACUUUCGCGCGCGCGUUUUUUGUCAUGAAAUAGUGUAAUAUAUCGACAACACUAUUUCAUGAAUACUACACCAUUUCCCGU